AUGAGCAACAAAGGCGCAGUACCGAACGCAUGGGACGAUGAUUGGGAGACCAUUGCCGACAAAGCAGAGUCUCAGCCCUCUCAAUCAGAACCAGCACCCAAACUCACCAAAGCCCAACGCAAUGCGCAGCACCGAGAGCAGCAGAAGCAGUUAUGGGACUCGGCAGAUAACCCAGACCGCUUCCACUGGCUUGAGGCACAAGGAGUAGUCCCACUCAAGCAGGAGUUCAAGCCACCAGUGACGCUUCUGUCGCGCAAGCCCGGCGCUCCAGCGAUCGCAAAGGGGGAUGGACAGAACGCCAACGGAAUGGCGAAUUUAAGUUUGGAAGACGAAGAGGAUAGCGAGAAGGAGUCACGCAAGAAGCGGGAAGCAGAGUUGGAGGAGCGCACACGAAAAGCGAAACUUGAGCGCGAAGAGAAGGAGCGCAGGUAUGCUGAGGCAAGGGAGAGGAUCAUGGGCUCAUCUAAUCCGGCAUCUACCCCCAGUGCAGCUGCGAACGCUGCGCGGUCAAGAGAGAGCUCUCACGGACGCGACAAGAGGCGGUCGAGGGGCGGCGCGAGGGUGACUGGGAAGACUGGCAGUCAACCAAAUUCGUCUGCGGACCAGUCACCUGCCCGGCCAGCGAGCAGUGGGAGUGGCUUGUUCGACCCUGACGAUAUGGGACGACGGAUGCCGAAGAGGGAAGUGAAACCUUCGAGCGGUACGGCGAUGGAGGGCCAGCCAGUCAGGCAGCCACGGAACCCUGAGAAUGGUGCUGGCAGAGGUGGGUUUGGGUUUGGAAGGGGCGGUCGACCGACUUCUUGA